AUGGGUGAUCCCUUACUACGAAUGGCGGGCCUACCAGGAAUGAGAUCUCUUGGAAACGGUCCACUGCCUGAUGAUGGAGAUGAUCGCAUACCAACCGAAAGAUAUCUUUACAACACCAGAGAAUUGUACGACAUAAAGACUAAGAAACCAGAUGCCGAUUUCGUCUCCAAUGAUUAUUAUGGGGUUCCUACACUUGAAGAUAAGAUUAGGAUAUCGAUGCGACAUGCAAUGGGGGAGUUUUGUUGGAUAAGAGGGUUUGUCGAAGUGUUGCGAAGACGAGAAAACGACGGUAGCCAAGAGGCGAAAGAGGUUUUGAUCGAUUUUCUCGGGUUCAUUAGCACGCGUGUGGUGUGGUCUGUGAAAUGUUGCAACCAAGAAUGGAAGAGUGAUCGUAACACUCCUAUCAUUGAGAAGUCUUUGACAUGGUUGAAGAGAAACAAAUUGUUUCAUCCCUGCAUAAAGCACAUCUCUAUAGAUUUUGACCCUAGAGAUGAAUUUAAUGUGCCCUUUUUUGAGGAUUUUGUUACUUUAUGCUGGUACAUAUCAACCCAUCUUCCCGACCUUGAUUCUGCAAUUCUUUGUUUGACAAUUGCUGGAGAUGAUUUCCAGGAGGUCUUAAAAUCUCCAAUGAGGUUCUCUUGGGUUCAAGCUUUUAGAGAAUUGCGAAUUGGGAAGGUUAACAUCUGCCCGAAGUUGACCAAAUCGGGUGAAUCAGAUGAGUCCAGGAGGUAUAGGUCACGGCAUUCCAUCGAUGAAAGAUUUGCUUACUUUUUGGAUUUCCAUCAUGCUAGGCUUGGCAUAAAGAGCCUCCUUCUCAAUGAUUUGAAUAAUGAGAGAGGGUUAAUCACUCAUAUGUUGACCCCGGGCUCUAAGCUUUGGGGCUAUACUGAUGACAUUGAUGAUGAUGCCUACAUCUCCUUACAGUACAUGGAGAGCUAG